AUGCGUAGAGGCUUUGCAAGCCAAUAUAUCAGACUUGAAGACACAUCUGAUGAAGGCAUCCACCUUCGACGAGUGGUCGUCGAGCUCUGUCCUCUGGGCCAUCAGCACCGUCCCAGAGCACUUGACAACCUUGCGCGAAUUCUCGCAUUGCGUUUUCAACAACACGGCAGUAUUGAUGAUCUUGAUACGAGCAUACAACUUCGUCGUGAGGCCGUGUCUCUAUGCCCCGAGGGACAUGCUGACCGUGCUUGCUACCUGAACAACUUGGCCCUCUCGCUCACAUACCGCUUCAAUGACCAAGGCAAACCUAAUGACCUCGAUGAGGCCAUCUCUUUGUAUGAAGAAGGGCUGCGCCUGCACCCUGUUGGGCACCAAUAUCGUGAUACCCCAUUGGACAACCUAGGGCUCGCCCUCAUCAGCCGUUUCAACAAACGCGGCGACAUUGAAGACAUCACCCGAGCUAUCAGCCUCUUUCGCGAGGCACUGACAUUGUGCCCACCUGGGCAUCCACGUCGUGAUAUCACGCUUAACAACCUUGCCCUCGCGCUCGACACCAGAUACAGGAAAUUGGAUGUCAUUGAGGAUCUUAACGAGGCCAUUGAUCUGUAUCGCGAAUCCCUUCGGUUAAAGCGGCGUGACCAUCCCGAGCGCAAUUCAAGUCUUGUCAAUUUGAGCGCGUCGCUCUGCUCUCGUUUCACGCAAACUCGGGAGAAUGAAGAUAUCGAGGAGGCGAUUAAUCUCUGCCGAGAGUCACUGGUGGCUCUGUCUUCACUGCACCCAGGCAGAUGGUUCAGCUACAGAUGGCUGAAGGCAGCCUAUUUAGUUCGUUACCGGGUUCUACGCAACCCUGCUGAUUUGUCGCGCGCUAUAGAGAACUUUAGACUCGCUUCGGUGCACCCUACUCAAGGCUUUCCAAAUCGCAUUCAAACUGCCUUGCACUGGGUUACUGAAGCCGAGAAUCAUCAACACGACUCUUCCCUCGAAGCAUACCAGAUGUGCUUCGAGCUUUUCGACAGCCACGUGAUGACGCGAUCGUCGAUCAUCUCACGGCGCGAGGCUGCAACCGCUUUUCGUGGUGCACAAUCACUCCCUGUAGAUGCGGCCUCAUGUGCCAUACGUCGUCACAAUCUACGACAGGCAGUUGAACUUGUGGAGCAGGGCCGUGGCCAGCAGUGGUCGCUGGCCUCUCGACUCAGGACUCCACUGGAAGACCUGACGUCUGCGAGUCCGCAACUAGCUGAAAAGCUCUUGGGGCUCAACAUGCGCCUAUCUCAUGCUCAGGGUUCUGCAGGCAACGCUAACCCAGCUGCGGCUGAUCGGGCUGCAACAGAAUAUAGAAUACUCACAAGGCAAUGGGACGCUGCAGUGACUGAAAUCCGUGAUCUUAAAGCAUUCUCGCGCUUCCUGCUCCCGCCUUCAUACGAAGACUUGCAAGCGGCAGCACGCCAGGGCCCUGUCAUCAUCUUCAUUGCCAGUCAAUAUUCGUGCAGCGCCAUCAUCGUUCCGACAUUGGGGGAGCCCCAUCAUCUACCCUUGCCGUCUGUCACUCUCACUGAUCUGAACAAUCUCAAGGAUCGCUUCGCCAGGGCCAUACGACACGCAUCCAUCAUGGGUCCAAAGUUGCCUCGGAACGAUCUGAUAGUCCUCUUGAGGACAGUAUGGGAAGAGAUCAUGCUACCCAUCGUAAACGUACUCGAACAUGUCCUUGAGCUAAAGCAUGGCUCCCGAAUCUGGCUGUGUCCAACUGCAGCUUUCACGUCUAUUCCUCUCCAUGCAGCUCACCCCUUUCAAACAAGGGCAGAUCGCUCUAAAGAGCCAUGCCUGGAGGAUCUCUAUAUCUGCUCUUACACACCGACACUUUCGGCCCUGGUUAGAUCUAGACAGAUGAUGAAGAAGCGCAUCACUCCAUCCUUCGUGACAAUUGGACAGGGUCAACCGGGCACGGGGAAAGGCAAGGCGCUCUUGGCUGUCGACAGCGAGCUCGAGCUUGUCCAUAAGCUCGUCCCUGCAACGGCCAACCGUACCACUAUUUCCGGUGACGCAGCCACACGAGCAGGUGCACUCAAAGCUUUGGAAGAGAACACCUGGGUGCACCUCGCUUGCCAUGGCAAGCAGGACCCUACGCAGCCUUACAAUUCCCACUUCGUCAUGAGAGACGAACAUCUGACGCUGCUCGAUAUCAUGGAGAAACAUAUUCCACACGCCGAGUUCGCGUUCUUAUCCGCUUGUCACACUGCUGUUGGCGAUAAGGAGACGCCCGACGAAGUGAUUCACCUCGCAGCUGGUCUCCAAUUUUCAGGGUUCAAGAGCGUCAUUGGCACGCUGUGGGAGGUCGAUGAUUCUGUCGCAAAGCACGUCGUCAAAGCAUUCUACGAGAAUUUGUUCGAUGGUUUAGAGGAGGGUGGCGUCAUGGACUGUACGAAGGCGGCCUGGGCACUCAACCGUGCUACGCACGCUGUGAAGACGAAAGUCCCGCUUGAGCAGAGGAUGGUUUUCGUUCAUAUCGGUGUAUAG